GGACCAUUUUUCAUUAUCUAUUCAUCUCUGCCUCGAUUUCCCAUUUGAUCACUUCCAUCUUCAUUCCAACUCCCUUUCUCUCAUUACACACAGACACAACAUGGCCAACUCAGCCUCCGGAAUUGCUGUGCACGACGAAUGCAAACUGACAUUCUUGGAGCUAAAAGCCAGAAGAAACCACAGAUAUGUGAUCUUCAAGCUGGAUGAUGGCCUCGACAAAGUGGUGGUAGACAAGAUCGGGGGCCAGGGCGAAAGCUACGAGGAUUUCUGCAAGUGCUUGCCCGAUGACGACUGUCGCUAUGCUGUCUUCGACUAUGACUUCACCACAGAUGAAAACUGCCACAAGAGCAAGAUCUUCUUCUUUGCAUGGUCACCUGAUGUUGCAAAGGUGAGGACUAAGAUGUUGUAUGCAAGCUCCAAAGACAGGUUCAAGAGAGAGUUGGAUGGGAUUCAGGUUGAGUUGCAGGCAACCGAUCCUAGCGAGAUGAGCUGGGAUAUCCUCAAGGCCAGGGCUCUUUGAACACACAUUGCACCAUCCACCACGUCUCAGUCUCACAUAAAACGUUCGACUUCUUAUAGUUUCGUGGGCGGCUCUUUCGACUACAUCUCAACAGGGCUUCAUUUUAUUUAGUAUUUUGGAAUUACUACUUCUAGAAGGAUAAAACCAUCUGUUUUUUUUUGUCAUUUUUGGUUAUGUUGUGUUUUUUUUACAAGAGUGUUGCGAUGCAUUUGCUGCAUCUUCUCUGUGGCAACCUUUUUUUUCAUCUCAUAUAAACAAUGCUUUUCAAGAAUCA